GGACGCCGUACUUGAGCAACAGGAAAGGGAAACAGUCACAGUAGGAUUUUGUGUUGUGUCUUAUUUAAACCGGUUGUCUGCACACUCUGUAUUGUUUGUCAAAGAAAAUAUCACGCUGGACAACGCUGUUUCGCCAAUGAAGUUUAAAAGGUGACAUCUUGCUGGUUUGAGCACAUAUCCUACACCAUGGGGAAGAGAUACUACUGUGAUUACUGUGACAGGUCUUUUCAAGACAAUAUGCAUAACAGGAAGAAACAUCUGAAUGGUGUUCAGCAUCACAGAGCAAAGAAGGCCUGGUUUGACAAUUUUAGAGACUCUUCAGCCAUUCUGAACGAUGAGAAAACAAAGAAACCCUGCAGGAAGUUUCUCCAAAAAGGAUUUUGUGAUUUUGGCCCUAAUUGCAGGUUUUCUCACAUGUCUGAAGAGGAUCUGUUUUACUUAAAAAGACAGGUAGAAGAUGAAAGGCAGCUCAGAGAGGACUCUGUAGACAGAUUCAUGCCCGAAAGAAGUAUAGAAGAAUGGCUCUCUCGGAGGGAAAAGAAGCAGACUGCCCGCGACACAAAAGAAGAUAUUAAAACUACAGAAGACAGUCAAGAGGGCCAAGCUGAAAGUGAUGUACUGCAACAGCUCCUCUCCAUUCCUGACCUUCCACCCUCUCUUCUCCCUCCUCCUCCAGGCGGAUGGAAAGUCAAUGUGAACACAGAAUGGGGCUGAAAAUGUUCAAAUUGUAGUUCAAAUGUCUAAAUGAAUCUGUAACAUUGAAUGUGGAAGGACUGGUGCGGAAUGCCUGUGUUAUCAGCAGAUGAUGUGAGGUGUGUAUAUCAAGUAAAAGAUUUGUCAAUUUGAAUUUUUUUUAAAAUAAUUUUCAGGUGAUGGUGUCAUUAUUCUAUUGCCAAUUCUUUCAGCAAUCAACAUUUACCUCACAGUGAUCCGUUAAAGCAAAGAAGUUGUCUAUUUCCAGAUUAAAAGAACUAUUAAUUUAUUGCAUUCUACUUAAGAAUUUAAGUUUCUGUAUAACAAUGAAAAUUUAACCAUAUAAAAAGCAGUUGUAAAGGUUUGUAUUUACAUAAAACACAGUAAGAUAAAUCUGAGUUUACCAAUUUCCGUACAGGCAAUGCAAAACAACCUUCACGGUUGGCAUUUUGGCAGUGUUUUGUUGAGUGCCUUUACAGUGAGAUUCUUCUAAGGAGUUAAGCUUUGCAUCAUGCAGUAGCAAAAGGAAUGUAGGAAUUCUGAGCAGAUGGAAAUAAUUUUAUGGUUUAUAUUAAUCCUAUGUUGCCUCAUCAGGGUAAUCACUGAUCUGAUUUUAUUUCUAAUCCAUUCACUGGAAAACACCAUUUUAAUUUCUAAAUGGUGAAUAUGGCAAACUAAUGAUCUGUAUUAAAUUUCAUAAUGAGAAUUGUCAUACCUUGAAGGUUUGUUUGUGAAUUUUUAUCAGCGAGCCUCAUACUGAUCCCUUGGAUUUGUGACUUAUGUGAUCAUUUAAAAUCCUCAUUGAAGUUAUUCCUCUGAACCUGAGGUUAUGCUGAGAUGUCUAUAUUUUGAACUGUUUUUGUAUCUGUUGUAUUCCUAAUGCUGUGCUUUCAGCAGAAGCCUUAUUAAACUUUGCUGUUUUGACCAGG